UCGAAAAUUUUACUAUGAAAGCUCUUGGAUUCGUUUGUAUUUGUGCUAUAGAAUUUAUCUUUGCAAGUGCGAGCCAAAAUCAGAGAGACGAGAAUGAGCAUCUAAGGAUACAAAAUAGGAAAACAGCGGCUUUAUUAAAAAGAAUUGGACAUUAUGAAAUGGUAAUUCCGACGCUGGUGGAUGAGAAUGGAAGGUUCCUGAGCUACAAUGUGUUUCACGAGAGCAGACAGAAUCAAACGAGACGAACAAGAAGAGAACUUAGUAGGGGAGCUAACCCAUCACCGGUCUUCUAUAGAAUAUCAGCUUUUGGACAAGAAUUUCAUUUUAAACUAGAAAUAAACCGAGGUCUGUUUUCCAGAACAUUUUAUGUUGGCUCUCUCGGAGAUCAGGGGGAGGAACUCGAGAUGGACACGAAACUUAACUGUCAUUACGUCGGCUACAGUAGUGAACCACACGUCUCUACAGCAGCCAUGAGCAACUGCUUUGGUUUGCAUGGCAUUUUUCAAACGGAGGAUGAGGAUUAUUUUGUUGAACCCCUCUGGAAUGAUACAGCCAGUGAUAGCGGCAAAGGACACCCACAUGUAGUCUACAAGCGCUCAUCAAUACAGUUUCCAAAAGAUAAUGUUCAUUGUGGUGUCACAGAUAUACUUAAAAACAAAUUUGGACAGAGGGAUAACAUAGCUCAAGGUGAUCCUGGACUCAUAAGUCCCUGGAAUAAAUUGAAAUUUAGGGAUCGUAUUAAAAGGUCAGCGGUCAGCAGGGAGAAAAAUGUUGAGACUUUAGUGGUGGCCGAUCACAAAAUGGUGGAAUAUCAUGGAAAGAAGGUCAUACAGUCAUACGUCCUGUCCAUUAUGAAUAUUGUGGCAAAAUUGUAUCAUGAUGCCAGCAUCGGAAAUGCAGUCAAUAUUGUUGUGAGUCGACUGAUUGUGUUUGAGAAACCACAGAAAAACUUAACCUUGAAUCAUGAUGCCGACCAUUCUCUGGACAAGUUUUGUAAAUGGCAACAUCUUUUGAAUCUCUCCUCUCCAGAUAACAAUGCGAUGCAUCAUGAUAAUGCUAUCUUACUUACAGGGUAUGACAUUUGUUCAUAUAAAAAUGAACCUUGUGGGACUUUAGGCUUGGCCCCUGUGAACGGUAUGUGUGGAGGAGACAGAAGCUGUAGCAUUAAUGAGGACAUCGGUCUAGCCUCAGCAUUUACCAUUGCCCAUGAAAUUGGACACAACUUUGGAAUGCAGCAUGAUGGGUCUGGGAACAAGUGUGGAGUGCCUGGGUCCAACCUCACAGCCGGACUAAUGGCAGCCCAACUGUCUAAGGAGACCAAACCAUUUAACUGGUCCUCUUGUAGCCGUGAUGCUAUAACAGAAUUUAUAGAUUCAGAGAAGAGUUCAUGUCUGGACAACAGCCCUGUAGUGCGAGUGAAACACACUGACCACGGAGUACAGAAGGACAAGAGAGAUAGUACUGAGCAGUGUAAAAUCCAGUAUGGCAGCCAGUCCAGAAACUGUAAACCUGAGUUGGUUUGUAGUGGACUGUGGUGUUUGAAUGACAAGGGUGAAUGUAAAACCAAGGGAAUUCCCGCCGCAGAGGGAACUGGUUGUUUUAUCAUUAACACAAAUGAGAAAGGAUGGUGCUAUUUGGGGGAGUGUCGAGCCUUAGACUACAAGCCUCAGCCUGUGGAUGGCUCCUGGGGUCAGUGGUCUGAGUGGGACAUGUGUACUAGGACUUGUGGUGGGGGCAUUGAAUCCAGCUUCAGAAGAUGUAAUGAUCCAGAGCCAAGGCAUGGAGGGAAAUACUGUGUUGGACAAAGAAAAAGAUACAGGUCUUGUAAUAUUGAGACUUGUCUAAACAUUGACAAAGAUUUCCGAGAACUCCAGUGUGCAGACUUCAAUAAGAAACCUUUCAGAGGGAGAUACUAUAACUGGAAACCUUUCUCUGGUGCCCAUGACAUGCCUUGUGCUUUGCAUUGUAUUGCUGAUGGCUUCAACUUCUACACCGAACAGGCUCGUAAAGUGAUCGAUGGAACUCGGUGUUACCCAGACAAAAUGGAUAUGUGUAUCAAUGGAAAGUGUUUGCCCGUAGGAUGUGAUGGAAUUCUGGGAUCUACUGCGGUGGAGGACAAAUGUCGAGUCUGUAAUGGAGACAACUCUUCAUGCUACACUGUUUCUGGGACUUUUGAUAAAUCUCUUUCUCCAGGAACAUAUUACGAAAUUACAACAAUUCCAAAAGGAGCUAUGCAUAUACGUGUGUCGGAAAUAGUCCAAUCUCAGAGCUAUCUUGCACUGAAGAACACUUCUGAUAUUUACUACAUAAAUGGUGAUUGGACAGUAGACUGGCCCCGAAAAUUCUCUGCUGCUGGAACUGUGUUUCAUUAUGAGAGACUAGAUGGACAACCUGAAGUCAUACAUUCACUAGGACCCACAACUGAGGAUUUAGUUUUCAUGGUUUUAUUACAAGAAGACAAUAAGGGAAUCUCAUAUGUGUACAACCUCCCUAGAAAUAUGUCAGUAUCUGUAGAAAACUCUUCCUUUACCUGGAAGCAGUUCUGGUCAUCCUGUUCCACAACCUGUGGUAAAGGAAGAAAGACCUCCGUUCCAGUCUGUAUCAACAUUCAGAAUAAAUCAAGAGUUUUAGAGACCCUGUGUGAUUCAGCAUCUAAACCAGGCAGUGUAGAAGAGGCAUGUAAUCUGAAUGCAUGUCCACCAGAGUGGUCUGUUAGUGACUGGUCACACUGCAGUGUAACCUGUGGGGGAGGGAGAAAAAUGAGGACAGUCAUCUGUGUACAGGUGCUCAGUCUUAACGAGAAAACAAUCCUCUUGGACAGCAGCUGUAGUCUCUCCAAACCCAGAACUCACCGCCACUGUAGGAGGCUGGACUGUCCCCCAGUCUGGAUCACAGGGGAGUGGGGAAAAUGUUCAACAACAUGUGGUGAGGGAGAACAGAGAAGAGAUGUAAUGUGUAUGACGAGUGAUCAGAACAAAUACCUGAUGGGAGAGAAGUGUGGCUUGUCUGUAAAGCCAGCCAUUGUACAGAAGUGUAAUCAGCAAUCAUGUCCUGGACCAAAGUGGACGUCAGGCAAGUGGGAUAAGUGUUCAGCAAGAUGUGGUAAAGGGAGACAAUCCAGAGUUGUUCUUUGUCGUGAUCACAGUGGUAAACUUGCCAGUGGAUGUGAUCCGAAAAUCCGCCCAAUACUCGUUAGACAGUGCCAGUCUUACUGUGAGAGCAAACAGUCUCCUCAGCUUGAAUGCCUUGACCGAGAUCGGGCCCACUUCUGUCCUCUUGUUGUAAAGCACAAGGUCUGUAACCGUGGUUACUUCUUCAGGAUGUGCUGUAAGUCCUGUCGAGAUGCUAAUCAAAUGCCAUGAUUUCAAACCAAGGCAAGGAAAUCCAUUCAUUUUAGUUAAAAUAAGCAACAUCAGCAAAGGCUACAAUCCAAUAUUUUGCUUUACGAAGAAAUGAUUAACUAUAAUAAGAAUUUUGCAAUGUUCAGCAGCUUCAGGAAUUUACAAAUGAUCUGUUGUGAACUUUAUCAAGCUGUAUAGUUUUGAGUAAUUGGUGCAUAUCCAGAUGGCUUAAUUUUGUAUAAAAGAAAAUGGAGCUUCUGAGAAUACUUUUUGUGAGAUGUAUUAAAAAUUGA